AUGGAGGAUGAGAAUCCAAAGACGGAAGACGCUACGAGUAUUGAGGACGAAAUGAGACCAAUUUUGGCGGCUUGGAGAUCAAUCAGCGAAUAUUGCAGGGUUAGGAAUGUGGAUGUGCUCAUUGCGUCAAAGGGGAGGUCUACAGAGGCGAUUUCUGCCCUUUAUCGCGCCGGUCAGACACACUUUGGCGAGAAUCGAGUGGAUGAGCUCGUGGCAAAGGCGCAAGAGCUCGACAAUCUGCCAAUAAAGUGGCAUUUCAUCGGACAUUUGCAGAGUAACAAGUGCAAGAUGCUGGCAAGCGUCAAGGGGCUCUAUAUGGUCGAGUCUAUUGACUCUGUAAAGACUGCCAUGGAACUCGACAAGUGCCUUGAACGCGUUUCCAAAACCGUCAAGGUACUCGUCCAAGUCAAUACCACCCUGAGGGAACAGUUUGGAAUCUUGUACAACCAGAUGGAAAAGGUGCGCGAGGUUGUGAGUGCCGUCUUGGCCAGCCAACAUCUCGAAUUUUCUGGGCUCAUGACCAUUGGAGAUGGCACUAGUGAAUGCUAUGCCAGGCUCAUAAGCGUUAGAAGUGAGCUGGAAAGGUCUGUAGGACCAUGCAAGGUCAUGAGUAUGGGCAUGUCACACGAUUGGAAAGAUGCAAUUGAGGGAGGAUCUACCCAGGUUAGAGUUGGUAGGUGCCUAUUUGAGGCUUGA